AUGAGUGAAGACGAGGCAUACAUAUCUACUGAAGGCGAUGCAAGUAAACAAAGUAUGAAGAAUGUGAAGUUGCUCGUAAAUAGACCUCACCGACAAGGCAGUAUCUCUGGUGAUAUGAAACAGUAUUUGAUACCAAGAUACCCACAAGCGGACUGGGGAUACACGGAGGAAAAUGGACCCAAUAACUGGCAAAAGCAUUAUCCGAUCGCCGUGUGGGGCCGCCGUCAAUCACCGAUCAAUAUCGUUUCGCGAAAUGCGACGUACGACUCUGCUCUCACAUUCCUUAGCAUUGCCUACACACCGGAAGACGAUGUCAAGCUGAAGAACAACGGACACAGCAUAGAGUUUCAGAUCACCAAGCCCGGAUUUUUGACCGGUGGUCACCUUGGCAACCAGCAGUUCAGGUUGGCACAGUUCCAUCUGCACUGGGGAGCAGACGACACCCGGGGAUCGGAGCAUACGAUUGACGGGAAGCAGUUCGCAGCCGAGCUUCACCUCGUCCACUGGAACACAAAGUAUGGCAGCUUUGCGGAGGCUGUGAACAUGAUAGACGGACUCGCCGUUCUCGGGAUUAUGAUCAAGUCUGGCGAGGAGCAUCCCUUCUUCUCCGUCGUGUUGAACAACGUAGACAGGUUGAUUCAACCUGGUAUCAUGGUGACCAUCCCCAGCUCCCUCGACCCCAUCGACCUGUUGCCAGACUUCAUCGACGACUACUGGACGUACGAGGGCUCCCUAACAACUCCGCCCCUCUAUGAAAGUGUCCAGUGGAUUGUCUUUAAGGAGCCCGUGGAAGUCUCACCCAGACAGCUGGACGCUCUUCGGAGUCUCAUUGAUUCAGACGGCAACCUCAUGCAGGACAACUUCCGGCCUCCCCAACCACUUAAAGGGAGACAAGUCAGAGCCUCCUUUCAAUGA